AUGUCAAAAUCAGUUGAUAAGAAAACACCGUGUCAAAAUUCAAUUUUGGAUACUUUAAAAAAAGCUACCACAAGAAAUUCGGAUUGGCCCGACAAAGAUGAAUUUCUUGAUGUAAUUUAUUGGGCAAGGCAAAUCCUCGGACUCAUUGCUGGUCUAUUAUGGGGUCUCUUACCACUAAAAGGACUAUUUGGAUUAGGAUUAUUUUUAGUGCUCAAUGCUGUUUCAUUAUAUGCAUAUUUUACUAAUUUCCAACAAAUUGACGAAGAGGAAUUUGGUGGAGCUUGGGAAUUAACCAAAGAAGGAUUUGUUACUUCAUUAGCAGGAUUUUUGGUGAUGUGGAUAAUUGUGUAUUCUGGAAUGCAUUUUGAUUAG